AUGGGUUUAAAAAAAGAUGGGAACUAUACAUGCUCGGACGACAGUGGUGACAAUAACACUGUGGAAGUUGAUGUUCAAUAUUUUCACUCCUCGACACAUUUUACAACAGCCACCGUUCACAACUCAACAACCAUUUUAACAUGCAGGUGUUACGCUAAUCCUUCAUGUAAAAUUGUGCCGCACAUUAUAACUACUUAUAGAGAAGGACAAGAUAAUCACGACUCGGUUACCACAUUUACUGAGUGCAAAGCUGAUCCGCUUCGAGAAAAACAAAGGAAAUGUACUAGAGUUAUCUCAGUGAUGCAUGUUUACAAGGAGGACAAUGGUAAAGAGAUGAGCUGUAUAUUUCAAAUAUAAGAAUGUGACAGACUAUCUUAU